AUGACUCAAGUAUUAAUGCAUAAACACCAGCAUGGAUUAAUGCAAUGCCAAAAACUGUCAAACAAGUUAUUUUUCACAGAGUGUAACACAUAACAAUGCCAGGGAUUGAAUUGAUCAUUUAAACAUCUAGACUGCAUUUUACAAAAGCAUGGCCAUGUUUAGAAUCAAAUUGUCAAUCAGAACAGUAGCAAUAUCAAUAUUGCCAGUGUUGUAAACAAAAGCCAUGCUUAAUGGACUUAAAAAUGAUACACUACUUUACAUUUAGUGGCUAAAUACAUGUAUGUUUCAUUCAAGUCAGAUCAUCUCAGUUCUUUGUAUUAAAUUACAUACAGAUUUCUGAACAAUCCCUUUUGGGCCAACAGGACUUUUCAAGGUGUUUACACCAUGCACAAAGAUUUUAAAGCAGUAACCUAGUAUAUCAGUUCGAUUCAUGGGCCAACAGGUAUUCAAGAUGGUGCAGUCUCAUUCGUCCAAUGAAAUUUUCGUUGUAUAUCCUCAGUGUUGCAAUGUCAAAAUUUUUGCUGAUGUCAGUUUGUUCAUACUGGGAAUCAAACUUUAAUGGAGGGGGAUUAAGUAGUAGUCCCUUAUGGUGGCACAGGUCUGCAAUGUCAAAUCCUUUGUCAGUUAGAAUGAUUUUUCCUUUGUUCACUUUGUCCAGCACUUCACAUUGUUCAGUGAUGUCCUUAUCAGAUAUUGUUCCAGGGUAAGUGUCACUGCAAUGGAGAAGACCACUGUGGGGAUAAAUCCAAACAGAUGUCUUCCCAGUCGUGUGGUUUUUAUAUGAGCUGAAGGUGAUAUUAUUUAUAUCAUAAUUCUCUGACUGAGUUAUCCAAGUUUUUGUCGCAUCUCCUAGAGCCUCGGUUUCCACAUAACCAGCGUCAUAAAAUUCCUGUGGAAGGUAUGCUUGGACAAACCCAGGUAAUGGUUUGAGGUCAAGACAUUCAAAUACUGUGGAUAAGAAUAUAGCCCAGCCAAUAAAAGCUCUAGAAAUUGUUAGCACACUUGUUUGCACCAUCCUAGCCAUAAUACCGAGGUGUAGUGAGUGUCUACAAACUGUAAAAAAAGCCAUGAGUUCAGUUUUUGUGUCUAACUUCCUGCUCUUUGUCUCAAGACCUCCACCUUUGCAAUCAGGGUAUCUGAUCAGAUGCAAAAGUGGUUCAACACACUAAUACAAACAAUCAAAUUCAUUUGUGGUAAGUUCCGUUAAAUAAAUGAACUUAUCAUGUUUGUCCUUCAACAUCAUGUAGGUGAAUUGUUCUUCCGUCAGUUCAUUUAUUUUAUUUUCCUGUUUUUUUUCUUUUUUGAGCAAGUGUUCUACCUGACAUUUCAGCCUUUCCAUCUCUUUGUCCUUCUCUUUCAAUUUACUUGCCAGUUCUUCACACUGAUUUCUAAGCAUUUCAUUUUCUAGUCUGUAUUGACUUUCAUCUUUCCCAGAAGCCAGAUUUACUACAGGGGUUAUCUCCUUAUCCUCCUCUCUUUCUUUCUUGAAGAUUAUUCGCCUUUUUGAUUUUACUUCACAAGAUGAAAACUCUAACGAUCGCUUAGCCGCUACCAGCUUAUUUGCUUUUAACUUUGCACAUUUUGAUGCAGAUUCCUCAAGAUUUUGAACAUACUGUUCAUUAUAAACACGAUCCGAUAGAUCGUACAGGUUUCCUCUUUUUCCUUUCGACCAGUGCUGGGAGCAAAUAACUGCUUUCUUCCAAUUGAUGUCAUCGUUCUUAAGUACUUUCAGAAGCCCUCAGAGCUGCGUCAGUCGAUGAACCACUUCUUGAGAGCGUAUAGUACGUUAAAUCCUUGUUUCUCCAGUUGUUUGUGCACAAAGCCGCUACAAAAUUCCAGUGCCAUCCCUUUCCCUUGUCUUGUUUCCCUGUAGAGGUAGAAGAUCCACUGGAGGCUGUUGCAGAUUCUCCUGCCAUGGCGCCCAUAUUGAAAUUUUGUCCGGCGUUGGCAAAACUCGCUCCAGUCUCUCACGAUAUGAAAGUCGGCAAUGGUAACCAGUUCUUAAGUGUAACAAUUUGCCGAUCGAUUGAUCGCUUCGCCUCCUUUAAUUUUGGAGGAGCCAGACUCAAGUAUAGACGUUCAAAAGUUUAUCCCAGCCCUGAGAUGUCAGUGAAUCAUACAUUACUUGACUUUCGAGUGACACCAGAUCCAUCUGGAAUCUGGAUGGCGUCAAUAAGUGGAAAAAUGAGAAAAAUUGUAGAGGAAUAUUUUCAAAUUGAUAAGCCAGAGUUUAGCAGUCCAACCACAAUGCUAUUUGCUGGUCAGAAUGGAAUUCAGUGCACAGUACGGCUGCUUCCUGAUGGUCUUAUCACCUUAGAUGUUGUGCAAUAUAUCAAUGAUAUUUCAAGUGAACAAAUCCUCCAAAGAAGUGAUUACAUCGAUCUCCGUGACAAAGUAGAUGAGGCAUUGAAAUGUUGCAAGGCUCACUUCAUCCCUACCAUUCAUCGAGGAAGAGAAAUUUUGCGUUACCAUGAUACAUCAGAUGGAAGAUUGAAGGAGUAUGACUUUGACAAGGAAGUGUUCAGGCAACAGUCUAAUUACCAAGAUGUGUGGAUUGUUCAUUCCUCGCGCUAUGGAAAUAUGUUGUUUUUAGAUCUGGAGGAGAUGUUGGCUGAAAGUGACAUUGAUUACACAAAAGCAUUGUUAGGAAAUGGGAGAGAAAGCUACAAAGACAAAGACAUCCUCAUUCUAGGAGGGGGAGAUGGUGGAGUUUUAAAUGAGCUUCUUAAGGAGUCUCCAAAGUUUGUCACUAUGGUUGAAAUAGACAAGGUUGUUGUUGAUGCAUCAAUUAAACAUUUACGAGGAAUUUGUGGCAGCUCUAUGGAUUCAUACAAAGGACAUAAUUAUGAGAUUAGAAUUGAUGACUGUGUCAAAGCGUUGAAGGAAUAUGUGGAGAGUGGAAAGACUUUUGAUUAUGUUAUUAAUGACCUCACAGAUAUACCCGUAGCUGUCUCCUUGCAUCAUUCUCACUGGGAUUUUGUGCGGGAAAUUUUGAAUCUUACACUGCGCGUGCUCAAACCCGAGGGAAAAUUCUUCGCUCAGGGUACAAAUGGCGCAACAUGCAAGAAGCAAAUAGAGAAGUAUGAACAGCAGUUAAUGAACCUCCGUUAUCCGGUGGAGUUUCGGAGAGAAUUUGCGUUCGUUCCUUCAUUUGAAGAAAACUGGACUUUCUACGAAGUGUGGAGGAAGCAGACAUGAUGAAUGAAUUGUAAUCUCUAAGUCACCCACGUGUAUACUACGAGCGGUCCUUCCUUUUCUGUAAAGUAGUUCGUCCGAAAAAAAAAGCGAAAAAAGUUGUGGCUAGCGUGCUGUGCGGAACUCGGGGAGUAAGGCGCGGGAAAAAAUUCUGCGCGGCGCGCUAGCCCACAACUGUUUUUUUUUCGCUGAUUUUAUGGACUCGCAGGGACUGCUCGUAAUCUAGCCCACAUGUGCUUACGAAGACAAACCAACCAUAAAUAAGUUAACAAAUCUUCCUUUUUCAUACGCCUCAGGAAUCGUUGUCUUGUAUGAGUUUUGAUUGUAUUUUUUACUUUUUUGCACAAGUCGUUCAGUCAACAAUGUAAUGCGAUGAUAUUCAUGGAUGUGAAAUUUAUUGAUGUGAAAGGUGUUCAUACUGAUUAAAGACUUAAUUCUUUUGU